AUGUGGAAGCCAUUCAGAGAUGCACUCAAAAAUUGUGGUUCCCAAAGUAGUAGAAUUCUAGUCACCACACGUAAAGACCAAGUUGCGAAGAUGAUGGAAAGUGCAAAUACGAUCAAGUUGGAGGACUUGUCUGAGGAAGAUUGUUGGUUGGUGUUUAGUAAAAUAGCAUUUUCUGAUAAGGAUCGUCAGCAAUGUGAGCAACUAGAAGACUUUGGCAAACAAAUAUCAAAGAAGUGCAAAGGCUUGCCCCUUGCAGCAAGGACUCUAGGGAGUCUCAUGCGCUUAAAGAAAAGUAAAGAAGAAUGGAAGAAUGUUUUGAAUAGCAAUUUGUGGGAAUUAGAAGUUGUUGAAAAAGGUCUUUUUGCACCAUUGUUAUUGAGUUACUAUGAUUUAUCAUCACCACUGAAAUGGUGUUUCUCAUACUGUGUUGUCUUUCCAAAAACUCAUGUUUUUUAUGUUGAUGAGUUGGUAUAUAUGUGGACAGCACAUGGAUUUGUUGAGUCAAGGGAAAAUAUGGAGGUGGAAAUCAUGGCACGAGAAUACUUAGAAAAUUUAGUCAUUCGCUCUUUCUUCCAAGAAUGCAAGGAAUAUAAACGGUUUGGCACAAGAUACAAAAUGCAUGAUAUAGUGCAUGACUUUGCACAAUCAAUUACUGAAGCUCACCAUUUGGGAUAUUCAAGAAGGUCCCAAUUUCCUCCAUCUACUAAUAGAUCAAAAAUCUACGCACUGUCAUCUUUUUUAAUCAUAAUGAUUAUAAUAUAUCCAAUUUAG